AUGCCUCGUCAAUUUCGACACAACCUCUCUUCCUCCUCCUCAAAGCCCUACCCCCCGGCUGAGUUAGAAGCACUUCUAAAAGAGUCCGAAUUGCCCGGCCCUCCCACUCCCCUCCCAACCAAAAGCUCCCACGAGGAAUCCGUCCUCGACAAAAAUCUCCGCCUGGCCCUCUCCCUCCACUCCACCUCGCCUUCCUCCUCCUCCGCCGAGGAAGAAAACCAUACCCCGGCCGACGACGCCCCAUACCUCAAAAUUGGUGCCGGCGCCUGCGGCGCCAUCUUCGCACAAGCCGGGGGAUCGGCCAUCGUCAAGCUGGCCAAAGACCCCAACAACCCCGAGCUGUGGAACGACUUCCGCCAACACGUUAAAAUAACCAAAAGCUUCGAGGCCCUCUUCUCCGACGACCCCCCCAUCCAAAUCCCCAAACCCCUGGGCUACGUCCCCCCAACCAAGACCUCCUUCUUCUCCGCCACCCCCGCCCUUGUCCAAGCCGCCGAGCCCAUCAUCAGCUCCCUCCCCACCCGCGCCCUCGUCGCCGAGCGCAUCCUUCCCCUCCCCCGCAGCACCCGCCAUCUUCUCAUCGAGAAGUACUGCGCUCCCCGGGGCAAGCAGAAGGCCCUGGCCGACCCAGCCAACAGUGACUGCCUGGUGCGGGUCUACCUUGGCUCCACGAAUGGCAAGAGCGGCGGCAUGUUCUUCUCCCUUCGGAACCUCAAGCUGCACCUCAACCAGCUCACGGAGCUGGACCUCGACAUCGAGGAACUCGCCUCCAGAAUGGGCAUUGCCCUUGCCGCCAUGCAUUGGGGGGCCAGGACCGACGCCCGGGACGUCGAAUUUGUGUUGGGCGCCAGUUCGACCGAGCAGGUCCCCCAGGAACUGCAGGAUGACCUCGAUAACAUCGAGGCAGACGCCGCGGAGCCACAGUACGUCGGCCCGGCCACCUACCACGGCCUCGACGACUUCUUUUGCCGGCAAACAGAGAUGUGGGUCCUCGAUUUCAACCAAGUGAGGGAUAUCACCCUCGAUGAUGCCGGGGUUGCUUUGGCCGUGGAAGCGGUUAAGCUCAAUGACCCGUACUUUCCCAAGCCGCUCAAGGAGUCCGAGGCGGAGGAGAAGGCCUGGAAGGCUUUCGUGUUUAGCUACCGGAAAAACUCGCAGACCAUCCUGGAACAGGCCCUAAAGGAAAAUAAGGGCUUGGGCGACAUGUACGAGAUUCUGGCUUUGCCGAGGAAGUUUGUUUUGGGCAUCGUCGAGCUGGAACGCGAGCGGAUGGCCCGCCGUGAAGGCGCCAACGCAUAA